AUGAGGAGGUCCGACCUGCGUCUGGUCCUCAUGAGCGCCACGGUGGACUGCGACAAGUUCUCCAACUACUUCAGCCGCUGCCCGGUGGUCAGCAUCCCCGGAAGGACCUUCCCGGUGGAGGUGUAUCAUCUGGAGGACAUCGUGGAGGAGACGGGCUACGUCCUGGAAAAAGACUCCGAGUACUGCCAGAAGAUCCUGGAGGACGAGGAAGAGGUUUCCCUCUCCGUCACGCAGAAAGGUGGAAAGACCCUGCAGCACCAGGAGGUCAUAAUCCGGGACCCCUCGGCUGGCUGGGACCUGGGCCCGGACCUGGACCACUUCAGCAGCCGGACCCGGCAGGUUCUCCAGUACAUGAACCCCAACAAGAUCAACAUGGACCUGCUCCUGGACCUCGUGGACUACCUGGAAAAAUCCCCCCAGUUUGCAGAUGUGGACGGAGCGGUUCUGGUCUUCCUCCCCGGUUUGGCUCACAUCCAGCAGCUCUACGACCUCCUCUCCUCAGACAAAAGGUUCAGGGACAAAAACAGGUUCAGGAUCGUGGCCCUUCACUCGACCCUUUCAUCCAAAGACCAGGCCGCUGCCUUCACAGUGCCCCCUGCUGGAGUCAGGAAGAUUGUGCUGUCCACCAACAUCGCCGAGACUGGUGUUACUAUUCCCGAUGUUGUUUUUGUGAUCGACACUGGGAAGACCAAAGAAAAUAAGUACCACGAGAGCAGCCAGAUGAGCUCCCUGGUGGAGACCUUCGUCUCCAAAGCCAGCGCCCUGCAGAGGCAGGGGAGGGCGGGACGCAUUCUGCGCGUCCCCCUGGAGGAGCUCUGUCUGCACAUCAUGAAAUGUCAGUACGGCUCCCCGGAGGACUUCCUGAGCCAGGCCCUGGACGCCCCUCAGCCCCAGUCGGUCAGCAACGCGGUCAGCCUGCUGAGGAAGAUCGGCGCCUGUCACCCGGACAACCACUGCCUCACCCCUCUUGGUCACCACCUGGCCAGCCUGCCAGUCAACGUGAAGAUCGGCAAGAUGCUCAUCUACGGAGCCAUCCUCGGCUGCCUGGAGCCCAUCGUACGUCCCGCAAAAAACUGCUUCGUACCACCACAUCCAGCCCCGUCCGCACAUUUAAGGUUCCUUAACGGUUCGUUUCAGGCCACGAUCGCGGCGGCCAUCACGGAAAAGUCUCCCUUCUCCACUCCCAUGAACAGAAAGGAGGAAGCCAACCUGGCCAAAGGCGCCCUGGCACUGGCCAGCUCGGAUCACCUGACCAUUUACAACGCGUAUCUGGGGUGGAGAAACUCGCAGAGCGAGGGGCCGAGGGGGGAGGCGUCCUUCUGCCGGAAGCACUUUCUCAACCGAACCGCCCUCAUCACGAUCGAGAACGUGAAGCAGGACCUGAUGCGGAUGGUGGAGCAGGCGGGGUUCUGGUCCCCCGGCCCCUCCCCGGGCUGGAAGCGGCCGCCCCCCCCCGCCCCCCCGACCCGGGAGCGGGUGGCCGUCCUGAAGGCGGCGCUGGCGGCGGGGCUCUACGACAACGUGGGCCGGCUGCUGUGCACCCCCUCCGUGGACGUGCUGGAGCGGGUGGCCUGCACCGCCGAGACCCCCCAGGGCCGCGCCCAGGUCCACCCCUCCUCCGUGAAAUACGGCAAGAUCUACCUUAGAGACACCACUCUGAUGUCUCCUUUUCCCCUGCUGCUGUUCGGGGGCGACAUCGACAUCCAGCACAGAGAGAAGCUCAUCACUUUAGACGGAUGGAUCCACUUCCAGGCUCCAGUGCGCAUCGGAGUGAUCUUCAAACAACUGAGGAAACUGAUGGACUCGCUGCUUGAAAAGAAGCUGGAGAACCCCAGAAUGAGUCUGGAAGGUAAACCCGGGCAUCAAAAAGCAAAAACGACAGCUCUCUCAUAA